AUGAAGUUUCUAUCAGCCAUUGCGCUGGGCGCAACAGCUUCGACGGGCAUCCUGGCUUCGGUAAUUCCUCAACAGGAACCUUUGUCAGCAGCAUCUGUCCAUUAUAACAAUGAGAUGUUUCUCAUCGAGUUGGGUCCGUAUCGGACCCGAUGGGUCACAGAAGAGGAGAAAUGGGCUUUGAAAUUGGACGGCGUGAAUUUCAUCGAUAUCACAGCAGAGCACAAGUCGGGGUUAUAUCCCAAAUACCAAACCGCCGCCAUCAAUAGCGUCCACUUCCCCGAAAAGACAAAGCAUGCGGAUGAGGUAGUUCCACUACUACAUAAUCUCUCCAAGCAAAACAUGCAGCACAACCUGGAAAAGUUUACCUCAUUCUACACUCGCUACUACAAAUCUACCACUGGCAUCGACUCGGCGACAUGGCUUUAUGAACAAGUUUCCGACAUCAUCCAAGAAUCUGGGGCUUCGAGGCACGGUGCAUUCGUUGAGAAGUUCACCCACCCAUGGGGUCAAUUCAGUAUCAUCGCUCGGAUCCCUGGUCAAAGCAAGAAAACCGUGGUGUUGGGCGCUCAUCAAGACAGUAUCAACUUGUUUCUUCCUUCGUUCCUGGCUGCGCCAGGCGCCGAUGACGAUGGUAGUGGAACUGUCACCCUUCUUGAGUCUCUGAGAAGUCUGCUGCAGUCAGACACUAUUGUUCAGGGAAAUAUGACCAACACAGUGGAAUUCCACUGGUACUCGGCCGAAGAAGGCGGCAUGCUGGGCUCACAGGCGGUUUUCACUCAAUACAAUAAAGACAAGAAGGAUGUCAAGGCUAUGCUCCAACAGGACAUGACUGGUUACAUCCAGGGGACUCUCGAUGCUGGACGUCCAGAGUCUAUUGGAAUCAUGGUUGACUAUGUUGACCAAGGUCUGACGCAAUUCCUCCGGGAAGUUGUUACCUCUUAUUGCGACAUUCCCUAUGCCGAUACUAAGUGCGGCUAUGCUUGCUCAGACCACUCGAGUGCCCAUCGAUGGGGCUACCCAUCCGCCAUGGCGACUGAAGCUGAGAUGGAGAACACAAACAAAAAGAUCCACACUACCGAAGAUAAGAUCAGCAAUCUGAGCUUCGACCAUAUGCUACAGCAUGCCAACCCCUACUCAAAGGAGCUCCAGAUUGCUUGUCUGACCGUCCAGAGAGCUACUCUCUUGACCAAAAAGCUCCUCGAAGCUGUCGACAAGGGAACCAUUGACAAGAGUGACGACACGCCUGUUACUAUUGCCGAUUUUGCCGCCCAAGCAUUGAUCAUUGGUGCGAUUCACAAGGCCUUUCCCGAUGAUGACUUUGUAGGCGAAGAAGACUCGAAGACUCUGCGCCAGAAUGCAGAGCUUCUCGACCGUACGUGGGAACUGGUUUCUUCCACUCAUCUCGACGAUGAGGAGAGCGAUGCGCUGCUCUACGCUCCCAGCUCUAAAGAGGAGAUGCUUGAUUUGAUCGACUUGGGUGCUCAGGGCUCAUGUGGCCCCCAGGGUCGUGUCUGGGUUUUGGACCCGGUCGAUGGCACCGCAACUUUUAUGAACGGCCAGCAAUACGCCGUGUGUUUGGCACUUGUUGAGAACGGAAGCCAGAAGGUUGGAGUUCUCGGUUGUCCCAACCUCGCCGUCCAAUCUGGGCAACUCUACGAAGAUGACACAGAUCGAGACGGAUACGGUCACCAACUUUUUGCUGUAUUGGGGCAAGGUGCGUGGAUUCGGAAGAUGGGACGAAGUACUCUUCUCCCUGCGAGCCGGCUCGCCGAGCAGUCCCCGGUUACGGACGCUAAGGAUAUCCGCUUUGUCGACUGCGCGGCUGCCACAUCGUGGAACAUUCCGCUGCAUAGCCGUGUCGCGAACGUGAUGGGUGCACCCUGGCCACCUGCGACGGAUCUCUGGGCUGCGCAGAUGCGCUAUGUGGCGUUUGCUGUUGGGGGAUGCAAUGCUAUGGUCAAGAUCCCGUUUAAGCCAACUCACCGAUCGAAGAUUUGGGACCAUGCCGGCGGCAUGUUGAUUGCUACGGAGCUUGGACAUAAGGUGACCGAUCUUGCAGGCAAUCCGGUUGAUUGCAGCUUAGGACGGACCUUGGCAGGAUGCCUUGGGAUGAUUGUGGCUCAUGCCUCGAUACAUGAAAAGGUUGUUGAGGCUACGAAGCAGGUACUGGCAGAGAGUGGAUAG